ACCGCCCCUGGCCCUGAGCUAGCGUUGGUUGUGAGCGGUCCUCCGCAAGGUUGGCCUCAUGGAAGCCGCGGUGCUGGCGGUGGUUCUGGGGUUCCUACUCCUGGCCGGGGGCUCGGUGGGCGACGAGGCUCGGGAGGCGGAGGCCGUACGGGAGCUGGUGGCCCGGCUGCUGGGACCCGGGCCGGCGGCCGAUUUCUCGGUGUCGGUAGAGCGCGCGCUGGCAGCCGAGUCAGGUCUGGACACCUACAGCCUGAGCGGCGGCGGCGGGAAACCGGUGCGUGUGCGCGGCUCCACGGGGGUGGCGGCCGCCGCGGGACUGCACCGCUACCUGCGCGACUUCUGCGGCUGCCAGGUGGCCUGGUCCGGCUCUCAGCUGCACCUGCCGCGGCCGCUGCCCGCCCUGGCCGAAGAGCUGACCGAGGCCACGCCCAACAGGUAUCGCUAUUACCAGAAUGUGUGCACGCACAGCUACUCCUUCGUGUGGUGGGACUGGGCCCGUUGGGAGCAAGAGAUUGACUGGAUGGCGCUGAAUGGCAUCAACCUGGCACUGGCUUGGAAUGGCCAGGAGGCCAUCUGGCAGCGGGUGUACCUGGCCUUGGGCCUGACCCAGCCGGAGAUUGAUGAGUACUUCACCGGUCCUGCCUUCCUGGCCUGGGAACGCAUGGGUAACCUGCACACCUGGGGUGGCCCCCUCUCCCGCCCCUGGCACCUCAAACAACUCUACCUGCAGCAUCGGAUCCUGGACCGGAUGCGCUCCUUCGGCAUGAUCCCAGUGCUGCCUGCCUUCGCAGGACAUGUCCCCAAGGCCAUCACCAGGGUGUUCCCACAAGUCAAUGUCACCCAGUUGGGCAGCUGGGGACAUUUCAAUUGCUCCUUCUCCUGCUCCUUCCUUCUGGCUCCAGGAGACCCCAUAUUCCCCCUCAUCGGGAGCCUCUUCCUACGGGAGCUGACCAAAGAGUUUGGCACAGAUCAUAUCUAUGGGGCUGACACUUUCAACGAGAUGCAACCUCCCUCCUCGGAGCCCUCCUACCUCACCGCAGCCACUGCGGCUGUCUAUGAGGCCAUGAUUGCGGUGGACCCUGAUGCUGUGUGGCUGCUCCAAGGCUGGCUUUUCCAGCACCAGCCUCAAUUCUGGGGCCCUGCUCAGAUCAAGGCCGUGCUGGAGGCUGUGCCCCGUGGUCGUCUCUUGGUCCUGGACCUGUUUGCUGAGAGCCAGCCUGUUUACAUCCACACAGCCUCCUUCCACGGCCAGCCCUUCAUCUGGUGCAUGCUGCACAACUUUGGGGGUAACCAUGGCCUGUUUGGAACCCUGGAGGCUGUGAACCAAGGCCCCAGGGCAGCUCGCCUCUUCCCCAACUCCACCAUGGUCGGCACCGGCAUAGUCCCCGAGGGCAUCGGCCAGAAUGAAGUGGUCUAUGCUCUCAUGGCUGAGCUGGGUUGGCGCAAGGACCCUGUGCCGGAUUUGGUGGCCUGGGUGAGCAGCUUUGCCAGCCGCCGAUAUGGGAUCUCCCAACCGGAUGCAGAGGCAGCCUGGAGACUCCUCCUCAGGAGUGUCUACAACUGUUCUGGGGAGACCUGCAGUGGGCACAAUCGGAGCCCGCUGGUCAAGCGGCCAUCACUACAGAUGAGUACCACUGUCUGGUACAAUAGAUCAGACUUGUUUGAGGCUUGGCGGCUGCUGUUAACAGCUGCCCCAAACCUGACCGCCAGCCCAGCCUUCCGCUAUGACCUGCUGGAUGUCACCCGCCAAGCAGUGCAAGAGCUGGUCAGUUUGUGCUAUGAAGAGGCAAGGACCGCCUACCUGAAUAAGGAGCUGGACCUCUUGCUCAGGGCUGGAGGCCGUCUGGCCCAUAUGCUCCUACCUGCCUUAGAUGAGCUGCUGGCCAGCGACAGCCGCUUCUUGCUGGGCAGCUGGUUGGAUCAGGCCCGGGCCGUGGCUGUGAGUGAAGCUGAGGCCCAGUUUUAUGAACAGAACAGCCGCUACCAGCUGACCCUGUGGGGGCCUGAGGGUAACAUUCUGGACUACGCCAACAAGCAGCUGGCAGGACUGGUAGCCGAUUACUACCAGCCACGCUGGGGUCUCUUCAUGGAGACUCUGGCUCACAGCCUCGCCAGCGGCGUCCCCUUCCAGCAGCGCAAGUUUGAGAAGGAUGUUUUCCCACUGGAGCAGGCCUUCGUUAUCAACAAGAAGAGGUAUCCCAGUCAACCCCAGGGGGACACUGUGGACCUAGCCAAGAAGAUCUUCCUCAAAUAUCACCCCCAGGCAGGCUCUUUGUGACAGGCCAGUGGCCCAGGGACCUGCUGGAACAGGUCUUCAAACCUGGAAAAAGCACAGGAUGAUCCCUGUGCCUAGGGGAAGGAACCAGGGUCAGCCAGUGAGUGUUGAUUGGAGGGAAGUGAGCUGCUCUAUUCCUCUACCCCAGAUCUGGGGGUUAAAGUACUGUUUUUGGUUAACAAUAAACUGCUGAAUCAGCUUGGCACUAUUAAACUCAA